CGCUGCCUCUCGGGGACUAGAAGGAGAAGGAGAGGAAUUCCAGAUGCUGAUGGCACCGAUUUUGGGGGCCCUCGGGAGGGUCCCUGCCCCAUUCCUCCUGGUCAUCCUCCUCCUGAGGCUCUCCCCAGGCAGCCCUCGACCCUUGGACAUCGAAGGGACCCAAGCCCCCCAGAAGUGUGUCUUGGCAGGGGUCUGGGUGAACGAUCUGGGCUCUCGGAUGUCCAUCUCUGGGCCGGACGCAAAGGGAGCCUUCUCAGGGUCCUACCUGACAGCAGUGUCGGCCUCCUCCCAGAACCCCAUCCAGGCUUCGGUCAUCACCGGACUCCAGCACCCGGCCACGGCAGCAGGAGGGCAGCCUACCUUCGGUUUCACCGUCCACUGGACCUUCUCAGACUCCACCACUGUCUUCGUGGGUCAGUGCUUCGUGGGCGCCGAUGGCCAGGAGACCCUUGAGACGUCCUGGCUCCUGCGGGAGAAGGUCCCUUCCCAUGCCGAAGACUGGAAGGCCACACGGGUUGGCCAGAACACCUUCCUGCGGGUCAAGUGAGAGGAGGGGGGGCUCUCCCCCAUUGUUACCACCGCUGCUGCCCUCUGGACCGGACUACAUCAGACCAACUGUCACCCUUGACCCCAGGCCUCUUCUCUGCCAAAGCCCCUUCCCCAAGUGAAUCCCAUACCCAGCUCCUAGAACCAGAUCAAUGGUCCCCAGCCUCCCUCUGCAUCAAUGCUUGGCCCUAUAGAGUCAGGGAGCUGGGGUUGCCUUCCCCAUUGCAGCAUUGGUGUUUCUCUCUGGUCAUUGGGUCAGUGUGGCUGUGACCCCCUGGACUGAGGGCUAAGAGCUUUAGGACUUUUUGUUCUGCGUCCCCUUCUCCUUUCCUUCCUUGCUUCAAGAUGGACACAAGACCCUCCUUUUGAGGAUGCUUUUCCUUCGGACUUGCACAUAUAGGGGCCAGCCAUAGGGAUCCUUCUAUUAACUUAGUUUCCUCGAUCCUAUAUGUAUCCUCUACAAAUAAAGUAAGUAUUAUUUUUACUUUA